AUUAUAUCUCAAUAUUCCUGUUCUACCAAAUAGAUUACCAAAAUAAUAAUUUAAAAAAAAUGUUAAGAGUUUUUUCAGCGAAAUAUUAUACAAGAUCUUCAAUAUUUGUGGUUCAAAAGUUAAAUAUAUCGGUUGGACUUACUAGAAAAAUGAGCAAGGAAAAUCUUCCAUCUGAUUUUCCUACCACAACACCACCAAAUACUAGCAGACCGACCGAUGCACCGCCGGCGGUGGAGGAUUCACCGUUCGUGCCAGAUUUCGAUGCUAUUCCACCGAUAAGACCAGGUGAAAACCCUCCAACGCCAUCGCCAUCGCCAUCGCCAACCGCACCGCGGACUGGUAGUCCUGAAUUUUCCGAUCCACCGAACACUUCUCCGUCAGGUCAGGAAGCACCACAACCACCUAUAUCACCACCUGGACAGCCGGAGGCGUUCCCACCACAACAACCUCCGGACGCUGGAGAGCAAAUUAGAACAUCUAAUGUUAGAUCUGAGUAGUGAAAUAUUACAUAGUUUUCGUGUUUUUUUUGGUAAUGUAUAAUUAUCUGAUAUUCGAAGUUUUCUAAAAUCUCUUUUAGAUGUUUAUUGUCCACUAGAAAUGUACAUGAUGCCAAGGGUAUUUUUGAA